UGAACCACCGAUGCGGACACGUCACGCUCAGAAACAUACCUUUCGAUGGGUUGACAUCAGUCAUCCGUGGAGAGAGCGAUUCAUGCGAGAGAGCCGUGCAUGUAUUGUCUGCGUGAGAGUACUGACCUAACGUAGCACCCCUCUCCUGUUUCGUAUGCCUGGUGCGAUGCGUUUGAAGCACAAGUUGAAUAUCUGAUUCGUGCUGGGCAGCCAAGUUGAGCAGUGGGCUCACACGGUGUCUCUUUCGACGUUGAUGUUUUGGGAUUCAAACUAUGGGCAGGGUGAAGGUGUCUGUCGUUCUGAAGAUUAUGAUCCUUGGUCUGAUGGUGGGAUCAAUCAUGGCAGAAUCCGUUCCCAAACACCACAGGAAUCAUCGGAAGGUUCAUGGUCGCGAACUACGUCACGUUUCAACCCCUCUGUCAGGAUUCAACCCAGCAUCCGUUUGUGGAGGACUUGGGCCCGUUUGUCCUGCAGGAGUGCACAUCGAAUGUGUCGUGGGAGGAAUCGUUGGGUGCAUUUGCUCUCUGGUCCACACCUGCCAGCCCACAGUUUCGGGCUGCAUGUUGUUCGAUGGCGCUUCGGUGACAUCUUGUGGUUUCUAAAUCCGAAAACCCUAACCCCUCAAGUUUAUCAAAAAAAACUUUUCUCCUACAGUACAAUUGCAUAGCAAGUAUGUUCAAUUUAGCCAAGGAACUAUGGCAGGAAGUAGUGACAGAAACAACACAGUGGAUUGAUAAAUAUUGUGCGAUAUCCAAGAGUCAAGAGCUGGAGCGACGCAUGCCAAAUGAGCCGUAUGCAUGAUCUCAAAUUUCAGCAAAUCAAUAAAACAUACAUGCCAGAUUCGAGCAAAAUGGCAACAAUCAAACUAGGUUUUAAGUACAGAGUGGCUUGGUUUUCAACAGAAACUGAAGCUUAAAUGUAAUUUCCUCAGGACACCUGAGAAAGUUCUUGUGAAAUGCUGAGAAGAUUAUCAUAAGA